AUGGCCAGCAGUAUCCUCUCCGCAUUCUGCUCCUUCAUGUGCAUGCAGAACGCUUCGGAUAUCGCAGUGUGAGUAGCAAAAAACCCGCAGAGGACUCGAACCAGAGACCCUCCCGAUUGUUGCUCAAGAGCCUAACCGACUGAGCCAUUCUGUUCAGAUAUGCCUACCACGCGCAACCGCUCCAGUUCCAGCACGCUUCGAUGUGGUACUUCACGAGGUUGAGAGCCUUGGCGGUGAGUUUUUGGGUUACGGUAUCUUUCAGUAGAAGGGAUACUGUAAGAGUAGAAUACUGUAUCUUUUUUGUUCAGUUUUUUGAAGAUUUUGAGAUCUAGCCGACCGUGGGUACUGUAGCUUGACUGUAAUAGAUUCAUGAACGCAUUACUGUAGUUUACGUGAAGGUUACGGUAGAAUAGUUCAUUUUCUGCGCUCACUUUGGAUAUCGGCGCUUCACAUCUUUCUGCUUAAAGUUAGAACCUCCCGUUUUGACUCAGAAUGGCUGAAUACUGUAGCUUGUAGCUUUUAGAAUGGGUUACUGUAGUUUCUGAGAUGAUACGGUAGAAGAUGAGACUCAUAACCUUGAAGCUUAUCUUCAUUACUUUUUCAUCUUAUCAGAAGUUUGAAAAUGUUUUCAAACUGUAGCUACAGUAACCCAGUGUACUUUACUUUUGGAAGGUAGGCUACUGUAGGUUUUCCAAGAUUACGGUAAGAGUUUUUGGAUUUUGGGAGUACUUCCAUGCAAAAGUUUUGCAUUAAAUCUCGACUUCUUUUUGAAUAAAGUAUGCCUUUUUCCUGAUUACAGCAUCCUAUAGUACCCUUCGAUUUUCAGGUCGUCUGUGGAGCGCAGAGCAUUCUGAGCGGCGCCGUCCUUUGCGUCCUCUACCUCGGCGUCAACUGCCGCUACCGUACUUUUGUUCAACUGUCACAGAAGCCUACAGUACCCGACCUGGUCGAACGGAUCACCUACUUUGCUUGA